AUGGCAGCGACGUGGCAGGAGACGGCAGCGGCCUACCAAGCUGCUCUCAAGGCCAAAAUCCCGCCUGAAUGGCUCCUUCCCCAGGAUUUCUUGUCCAGCGGGAAGCCACGCAACAUCAUGCCCUUGUUCAAGACAUGUGGUGUCCUCUCGUCCCACGAACUCGACAUUACCGAGGUCGAAGACGCCGUGACGCUCUUGGAGAAACUUCACUCGAGGACGUGGUCGGCCGUCGAGGUGACCGUGGCCUUUUGCAAACGCGCGGCCGUCGCCCAACAACUGAUCAAUUGUCUGAUGGACAUUGACUUUUCAGGAGCCAUUCAACGAGCCAAGGAACUGGAUAAACAUCUCGCCACCAAGGGGGAAUUGGUCGGUCCGUUGCAUGGGAUGCCUGUGAGUUUGAAGGACCUCACUCACGUCAAAGGCAUGAAGUACACAUUGGGCAUGGUGGCGUUGGCCGACGAGGUCUCGGACCAUGAUGCUGUGGUGGUCCAAACCCUGCGUGCGGCUGGUGCAGUCAUCUAUUGUAAGACAACCAUGCCUCAGACUGGAAUGGCUCUGGAAACCACGACAAACCUCUACGGCCGCACACUGAACCCUUUCAACACCGACCUUGUCUCUGGCGGCUCUUCUGGUGGCGAAGGAGCCCUCAAUGGCUGCUUGGGAGCCCCGAUUGGCGUGGCCACAGACAUUGGAGGCUCCAUUCGUGCGCCAGCCUCGUUCAAUGGCCUCUACGGCAUCCGACCAACGUCCCGACGAUUCAGUUAUCUCGGAAACGCCCCCUUCACCGGUCAGACAGCCAUUCUGUCAAGCAUUGGGCCCGUGGGACGGAGUCUUCGAGACAUUGAGAUGAUGUUGCGCGUGUGGAACAACCACGAGCCCUGGCUUUAUGAUCCCGUGGUCAUGACGAAGAAGUGGGCAACCAACAUCGGAGUCCCUGCGAAAGCGACGAUAGGCGUUAUGUUCUGGGACGAGGUUGUCAUGCCACAUCCUCCUGUCCAGCGGGCCUUGAAGAUGGCCGUGGACAAGCUUAAACACGCAGGACAUGAAGUCGUCGAGUUCAAACCAUACAAGCAUAAAGACGCCUGGGAUCUGGCGUUCAAGCAAUACUAUCCCACAGGAGGCAAAGAGAUCAAAGCCACACUAGCUCGGGCGGGAGAAGAGCCCAUCCCUUCGGUAGCCAAGUUUCUGGCACGAGCCCGCCAGCUGACGGUUGAAGAGUUGUUGCAAUGUGCCACGGAGCAACGACAAUACCAAAUAGAGUAUCUCAAUCACUGGAGAGCGACUUCGAGCCAGACAUCCACCGGAAAACCGAUUGACGCGCUCCUCACACCGUCGAUGGCUUCGGCGUCGUUUCCCCACGAUUACUUACCGUGGUGGGGUUAUCUCGCACAAUGGAACCUCCUCGACUACCCCUCGGUCAUCCUGCCCGUAUCGCACGUCCAACCCAGCGAUGCAAAAGACACCACCUACCAGCCCGUCAACGAGUUGGACCAGGAGACCUAUGAUCUUUACGACCCUGUCCUGUUCGAGGGUGCCCCGAUCUCCCUUCAACUUGUCGGCAGGAGUCUAUGUGAAGAAGAGCUGUUGGCUGUGGCAAUGGCAGUAGACAGUGCGAUAAAGGCUUAA